GCACCUAUAGCCAGAUCAGUCUCAGUUAACGCGUCAUUAAAUAUAAAACAAAGCUAUGAAGUGGCUAUCGUUGGCAUUUGUUGUGGCUUUGCUAGCGCUUGCAAGCGCUAAUCCGCUACCCGGCAAUGUGAUCAUAAAUGGAGACUGCAAAGUCUGCAAUGUACGUGGCGGUUAAUUCAUAAACAAAACAUAAAUGUUUAAUAAACAAAUAACUAAUAAAGAAAAACUGAAACAACGUA